CAGCUAUUACCUGAAGUUAGGGGAAUUACCUGAAAACUUCCCCUAAACUCACUACAUUUACAGCAUGAGCAAGGUGUGAGCAAGGCAUCAAAAUGAUUGGCAAUGUACAUCGAAGUCUCAAUCUGCUAUGUGUUUUUCUGGUGUUGCAAAGACCAAUUCCAGUGUUGACCCAAGUGCCGCCAGGUUCACCCGUUAUUACCGGACCCGACAUUAUAAUGAUGGGUGACAUUGUUACCUUGACCUGUACUGUACACGGAGGCUCUCCACUACCUACUGUUAAAUGGUUCGUUAAUGAUGCUGUCAUAGAUGAUACAUCGACAUAUACAGGCGGUACAACACACAAUUCGUAUACAUUUACGGCAGUGGAAGCAGAUCAUCAUAAAGUGUUCGAAUGUCAGACUGCUAAUGGUGUCUUACAGAACCCGUUAUCUAGAACUCAAUUCAUACGGGUAUAUAGAUCCCCGAAUCCACCCACCCUAACUGGACCAACAACUAUAACAACAGGAACAUUAUCAAAAUGGACGUGUAUAUCAGAGGAAGGUUAUCCAGCACAGAAUAUGUCUAUGAGAUUAGGGAGUGCCUCGUUUGGCAAAGGAUUUACCACUAAUACACGACUUGUAGGACUGAAAUCGUACACUGUAAUCGGAAUCCUAUAUUGGGCCCCAUCUACUCUCAAUGACAAUCAUAUGCUAUAUUGUGAUGUCUAUCACAAGGAAACGUUAGGAUCAAACAAUGCUCAAACAGUUGGAUUGCUUUUGUCAGUAAAAUCAAAUUUUACAAUAAAAACACCAAGACUAAUAUAUGAGCCAAUCACUGGGCAAUCCGCCACUCUAGUGGUUGCGGUUAUCAUUGGUAAAGCUACGAAAGUUAGUUGGUACAAGAAUAACAAUCUUAUUGAUACAGCAUCAAACUCCAGAUACUCCGGAGGGAACUACCAGACUCCUUCUUUGACUAUCAAUAGGGUUGAACUUGACGAUGCCGGAAGUUAUAUGGCUUCAGUAACCGAAGACAGAGACAAAAGAAACACAUCUAUAAUCACUGUAUCUCCGAAAGCAACACCAGCACAACCAACAUUGACUGGCCCAACAUCUUUAACAGCAGGGACGACUGGUUCCUGGACAUGUAUUUCGCAUGGAGCUUUUCCUCUCCAAACUAUGUCAAUGAGGAUCGGUAACCAGAUUUUCGGCAGUAGUGAUAUGUCUAUUUAUUCUCAAUAUGAACCAGCCGUCAUGUCAUUCCGUGUUGUUGGGAUGCUGUCCUGGACGCCUUACAUAAAUCAUGAUGGACAAACUCUUUUCUGUGAUGUUACCCACCCUGAAACUUUAAAUAAUCCACAGACAGUUAGUUUACAGCUUACAGUGAGAACCCCAUUAUCAAUGACGACUCCAAAGACUUCAUAUAAUACCGAAGUGACAAACAAGGUCACACUUGCUGUUGAUAUCAAAGGAAACCCAACUGAGAUCAGAUGGUACAAAAACGCUGAGCUGCUAAUCACAACAUCAAAUAAAUAUUCCGGUGGAACUUCAUUCGUUCCAGGACUGACCAUUAAAAAUAUCUCCAUGAGUGAUGCUGGUAUCUAUGUGUGUGAAGCAACGGAUGGCACAGAUACAGUUAGAUCGAGUAUUAUUCAAUUAUCUGCAAAAAUUCCGUUGUCGGUGAGAACCACGAAGACCUUUUAUAACACAACAGAGACACGAACCGCUACAUUGAACGUAGUAAUUUCCGGAACACCAACUAACAUCUUCUGGUUCAAAAACAAUGAUUUGGUUGUUACAUCUGGUCGAUUCUCUGGAGGGACAAUCUCUACGCCUGCGCUGACUAUUCAAAACGUCAGUAUGAGUGACGCAGGUCGAUAUGUAUUGGAAGCAACAGACGGCACUGUAACCGUUAAAACUAGACCUAUAUUUCUGUCUCCAAUAGCUCAACUUGAAGUAACUGCACGGAAGAGAUUAUAUGAGCCUACUAUUGGGGAGUCCAUUACUUUGUAUGUCGACGUCACUUCCUCUAAUAUAAAAGACGUCCGAUGGUACAAGGACAACAAACAGAUAUAUGUCGAUUCAGACUCUCGAUUGUUUGGAGGAAAUCCACAAACUGUCUCCUUGAACAUAAAAAGCGUGAAACUAAGCGAUGCAGGGAAUUACAGCUGUUCAGUAACAGACGGAUUUGUGAUUAGAAAUACUAGUUACAUUACAGUAUCACCAAAAGCAUCUCCAGAGAUUCCAACUCUAUCCGGUCCUACGUCUCUAACAGCAGGAACAACUGGUACCUGGACAUGUAUUUCAGUUGGUGGUUUCCCUCUUCAAAGUUUGUCAAUGAGAAUUGGUGACCAGGUUUUCAACACUAACGAAUUGGUGACGUUUUCCCAGCAUGACAUAGUUCACAAGUCCUACACAGUUAUAGGGAUACUAACUUGGACACCAAAGUUAAGUCAUGAUGGACAACAGAUUUCCUGCGACAUUAAACAUCCUGAAACAUCAAUUAGUCCACAGACCGUUGGUUUGCAGUUGACAGUAGAGCCUUCAUUAACAGCAAUAGCUUCUAAAGUUUUGUAUAGCCAGACAGAGUCAUCCAUCGUUACCCUUGACGUUAAAGUUAAAGGAAAUCCGAAUAGAGUUAAUUGGUACCAUAAUGGAAAUCUUAUCGUUCUAUCCGGAAGAUUUUCAGGCGGUACUGUCUCUGUGCCUUCUCUAACAAUCACAAACGUCAGUACUAGUGAUGCUGGACGAUAUGUUUUUGAAGCAACAGAUGGCGAUACUACAGUUCAGACAAUUACAAUAAUACUGACUGUCAGAGCAUUACUGGCAGUCAGGGCUACAAAGACGUUAUAUGAGCCUGUGGUUGGAGAGUCUGUCGUUUUAGGGGUCGAAGUGAACUCUGUUAAUGUGACGGGUGUCAGAUGGUUCAAAAACAAGCAAGAGAUAAAUAUUGCUUCAAACUCUAGACUGUCAGGUGGGAAUACACGUUAUCCUUCACUGAACAUACAAAAUGUGCUGCUGACUGAUGCUGGGAACUACGUCAGUUCCGUUACAGAUGGUGUUGACAUAAGAAAUACCAGUACCAUUGUUCUAGCCCCAAAAGCAACGCCUGUAAUACCAACACUCACUGGACCAACAUCUCUAACAGCAGACACGUUUGGUACCUGGACGUGUACAUCUGUUGGGGGUUUCCCUCUCCAAACUAUGACAAUGAGGAUCGGCGGGCAGGUUUUCGAUAAUCAACAGCUGUUGGUAAACUCUCAGUAUGAUUCAGACAGCAUGUCUUUCCGUGUGGUAGGGGUACUGUUAUGGGCACCAAAUAUCAGAGAUGACGGACAAACGCUGUACUGUGAUGUGACCCAUACACAAACACUAAGCAGGUCUCAGAGCACUAGUUUGCGAUUGACAGUUACACGGCCAUUGUUAGCUAGAGUAUCAACAGUCAUAUAUAGUCCCCUGGAAGCUACAACUGUAACUUUGAACGUAGUACUUCAAGGAACACCUACGAUCAUUAAUUGGUACAAAAAUGGCCAAUUGAUUACAAUAUCAGGACGGUAUUCUGGUGGUAAUGUUUCAUUUCCCGCACUGGUGAUAAGGGAUGUUUCUAUCAUUGAUGCUGGUAGUUAUGUUUGUGAAGUUACAGAUGGAAAGACCACUCUAAGGACAAGUACAAUUCAGCUAUCUAUAAAAACCAAACCUCCAGUAACAACUCCACGGACAGUUGUAUCCAAACUCAAAGUAAAAGCUUCAAAGACUUUUUACAAUCCAAAACAAUCAACAUCCGUUACCUUAAGAGUACAAAUCGAUGGUACACCUUCUCAGGUCGUGUGGUAUCAGAAUGGUCAACUUAUAAUAAAAUCAGGAAGGCAUUCUGGUGGUACUGUCACAGUUCCUUCAUUAACUAUUAAUAACGUAACCAGAAGUGAUGCAGGAAGCUAUGUCUGUGAAGCAACAAAUGAAAUGGGUACAUUUCGAACAGCUAUAAUCCAGGUAUCCCCAACAGUAACUCCUCAACAACCAAGUUUGUCUGGUCCAACAACUGUGACAGAAGGAAUAUUUGGUACUUGGACAUGUAUAUCUAUUGGUGGUGUCCCUCUCUACAAAAUGGUAAUGAGGAUCGAUGACCAAGUUUUUAGUAGCAAGCAUUUGUUGAUAAAUUCUCAAUUUGAUCCAAGCAGUUUAUCAUAUAGAAUUACAGGCAUACUUAUAUGGGCUCCGGACAUAAGUCAUGAUGGACAAACGCUAUACUGUGACAUUUUACCUCCAACGCAACCGAUUAGACGAAAACGAAGCAAUUCUCAGAUCGCUAGCAUUACAUUGACUGUGAAACCUGCGCUGUUAGUGAUUGCUGGAAAGAUGUUUUAUAACACAGAGGAGACAAAAUCCGUAACAUUACAAGUGAAUAUCGAGGGAACACCUACUGAGAUCCGAUGGUACAAAGAUAAUCAACUAAUAACAAUAUCAAAUAGGUAUUCUGGUGGCAAUGUGACAGUUCCGGCAUUGACUAUAAGAAACAUUAAACUUAGCGAUGGGGGUAUAUUUGUAUGCGAAGUAAUAAAUGAAAAAUAUACAGCUCGAAGCAGUGAAAUCAAAUUGACCCCAACACCUAUACUGAUAGUUAAAGCUGGAAAGACAUUAUACAAUCCAAAGGAGACAGAAUCCAUUACAUUGAACGUGAAUGUCGUAGGCACACCUUCACAGAUUAGGUGGUAUAAAAAUAAUCUACUAAUAACAAUAACGAAUAGAUAUUCCGGGGGAAGUGUGUCAGUUCCUGCAUUAACCAUAACAAACGUCCAGCUGAGUGAUGUUGGCGAAUAUGUUUGCGAAAUAACAAAUGGAAAAGAUACAGCUCGAACCAGUAUGAUCCAGCUCUCACCAAUAUCGAUACUGUCGGUUGUAGCAGGAGUUACAGUUUAUGAACCAAUGGAGUCGGAAUCUGUCACAUUAAAUGUGAAUGUCGUUGGCACACCUUCUCAAAUCAAAUGGUAUAAGAACGAUCAACUUAUUACAAUAACAAAUAGGUAUUCUGGAGGCAACGUUUCCGUUCCGGCAUUGACUCUAUCAAACGUAAAAGUUACUGAUGGCGGUGAUUAUAUAUGCGAAAUAACCAAUGGGAAGGAUACAGUUCGAACCAGGAUAAUUCAGUUGUCUCCAUUAUCUGCACUGUCAGUUUUAGCUGGAAAGACAUUCUAUAACCCGCAUGAGACUGAAUCCGUAACAUUAAAUGUCAAGGUCGAUGGCAAACCGUCUCGAAUCAGAUGGUAUAAGAACAAUCAACUAAUUAACAUGUCAAAUAGAUAUUCUGGUGGCAAUGUGUCAGUUCCAGCUCUAACUAUUACUAACAUAGAACUUAAUGAUGGUGGUGAAUUUGUGUGCGAGAUAACCAAUGGAAAGUAUACAGCUCGAACCAACAUAAUCCAGCUGUCUCCAUCAUCUGUUCUGUCAGUUACAGCUGGAAAGACGUUGUAUACACCUAAAGAGACUAAAACCGUCAAAUUGAAAGUGAAAGUCGUAGGAAACCCUUCUCACGUCACGUGGUAUAAAAACAAACGACCUAUUACAAUAACAAACAGAUAUUCUGGUGGCAAUGUGGCAGCUCCUGAUUUAAUUAUUACAAACGUUGAGCUUAGCGAUGGUGGUGAAUACGUGUGUGAAAUAACAAAUGGAAAAGAAACAACUCAAACCAGUAUUAUACAAUUGUCUCCAAGAUCGAUGCUAAAAGUUAUAGCAGGAGAUACUUUAUAUACCCCUAAAGAGACAGAAUCCGUUACUUUGAAUGUUAAAGUCAUUGGCACACCUUCUCAGAUCAGAUGGUAUAAAAAUGAUCAACUAGUUAAAAUAUUGGGCCGAUAUUCCGGUGGCAAUGUGACAGAUGCUGCUUUAACAAUAACUAACGUCAAACAUAGUGAUGGAGGUGAAUAUGUGUGCGAAGUUAUAGAUGGAAAGGAUACAGCAAAAACAACUAAAAUCCGGUUGUUCCCAUCAUCAAACCUUUCAAUUGUAGUUGGUAAAAUAUUUUAUAACCCAAAGGAGACCGACACAGUUACAUUAAACGUGAAAGUCGUAGGAAUACCAUCGAAGAUCAGGUGGUAUAAAAACAAUCAACUGAUAACAAUAUUAAACAGAUAUGCAGGUGGCAGUGUAUCAGCUCCUGCUUUGACUAUCACAGACGUCAGAUUGAGUGAUGGCGGGGAAUAUGUGUGCGAAGUGACAAAAGGGAAGGAUACAAUUCAAAGCAGUACCAUACAAUUGUCUCCAAUAUCCAUGCUUUCAGUUAUAGCUGAAAAGAUAUAUUAUAAUCCAAGGGAGACAGAAUUAGUAACCUUGAAAGUAAAUGUAGAGGGCAAACCCUCCAAGGUCACGUGGUAUAAAAAUAAUCAGCCUAUUACAAUAAUGAACAGAUAUGCCGGUGGCACUGUGGCAGCUCCUGCUUUGACUAUAACAAAUAUUCAUCUCAGUGAUGGUGGCGAAUAUGUAUGCGAAGUAACAAAUGGAAAGGAUACGGCUCGAAGCGGUACAAUGCAGUUGUCUCCAGCAACAAUGCUGUCAGUAAUAGCUGGAAAGACACUUUAUAACCCGCAGGAGACACAAUCUGUCACAUUACAAGUGACUGUUGUAGGCACACCUUCUAAGAUCAACUGGUACAAAGACAAUCAACUUAUAACAUUAUCGGAUAGAUAUACUGAUGGAACUGUGUCUGUUCCUGCACUGACCAUUACAAACGUCAAACUUAGUGAUGUUGGUGCAUAUGUGUGUGAAAUUACAAAUGGAAAGGAUACAGCUCGAACAAGCAUAAUCAAGUUGUCUCCUUUAUCAAUAUUGUCAGUAAAAGCUGUUAAUACACUGUAUAGCCCAAAGAAGAAAGAAACCGUCACAUUGCAAGUUAUUGUCGUGGGUAAACCUUCUAAGAUCAGCUGGUAUAAGGACGAUCAACUUAUAACAAUAUCGAAUAGAUAUUCCGAUGGAACUGUUUCCUCUCCUUCUCUGACGAUAACAAAUGUCAAACUUAGUGAUGGUGGUGCAUAUGUGUGCGAAAUAACAAAUGGAAAGGACACAGCUCGAACCAUCAUAAUACAGUUGUCUCCAAUGCCCCUUCUGUCAGUGGUAGCCAAAAAAACUUUGUACAUGCUAAAGCAGGACGCAACUGUUACACUGAAAGUAAAAAUUGUUGGAAAACCUUCUCAAAUAACUUGGUACAAAGACAAGCAGCCAAUCAUACGAUCUGAUAAAUACUCUGGCGGAGAUGUAUCUGUCCCUGCAUUGACCAUAAGCAAAGUAGCCAAAAGUGAUGUCGGUGACUAUGUUUGUGAAGCCACAGAUGGAACUGUCACAGUAAACACGAAAACUAUCAGUCUGUCUCUUACACCAAUGCUGGCAGUAAUAGCUAUAAAGACACUUUAUAAUCCAAAAGAGAAAGAAUCCGUCACACUUCGAGUGACUGUUUUAGGUACACCCUCUAGGAUAAGCUGGUAUAAGGACGAUCAACUAAUUACAAUAUCAAAUAGAUAUUCCGAUGGAACUGUGUCCUCUCCUGCACUGACCAUAACGAACGUCCAACUCGGUGAUGGUGGUGCAUAUGUGUGCGAAAUAACAAAUGGAAUCGAUACAGCUCGAACCAGAAUAAUCCAGUUGUCUCCAUUAUCCCUUCUGUCAGUGGUAGCCAUAAAAACGGUAUAUAUGCUAAAGCAGGACGCAACUGUUACACUAGGAGUAAAAGUUAUCGGCAAACCUUCUCAAAUAACUUGGUACAAAGACAAGCAGCCACUCACAAGAUCUGAUAAAUACUCUGGGGGUGAUGUAUCUGUCCCUGCAUUGACCAUAAGAAAAGUAGUCAAAAGUGAUGUCGGUGACUAUGUUUGCGAAGCCAAAGAUGGAACUGUCACAGUAAAUACGAACCCUAUAUAUCUGUCUCUUACAAGCAGUACAGAGGAAUUCAAAAUAUUCCCAACUGAUGUUCUACCACCAAUUCAACCCGUUCAACCAACGAUACAACCUGUUCAGCCACCAAUACAACCGAGUGUUCAACCUCUUACAGUAGUUACUAGAGCACCAACAACUAUACUUCUUACCACUGAAUUGCCGAGUACAAAACCUUCUUCAAAAUUCCCUGCUACUACUGCAGAUGUAUCGAAACCGGAUCUAACUAUUGCACCACAAACCAAUUCACCUCGACCUAAUACUUCACCACCAAAUAGCAAUAGCGGAAGUUCAUCUGUCAGUAUUGAUUCGCAAUGUCAUUUUCACGAUGGACGUCCAUGUUGUAAGCAGCAAAAUCACGGACCAGUCGUUAACGUUAAUGUAAACGUUCGAGUUGAUGGCAAAGGCCGUGAUGGCAGCAGUUCUGGUGAGAGUAGCUUUUACGACAGUCAUCAUGACAGUAGCCAGGGUGACAGCAGCCGUCAUCAUGACAGUAGCCAGAGUGACAGCAGCCGUGAUCAUGAUAGUAGCCAGAGUGACAGCAGCCGUAUCGAUAGUAGCCUAGAUGACAGGAGCAUUGAUGACAGCAGUCAUCAAGACAGUAGCCAUCAUGACAGUAGCCAUAGUGACAGUAGCCAGAGUGACAGCAGCCGUAUCGAUAGUAGCCAAGAUGACAGUAGCAUUGAUGACAGCAGUCAUCAUGACAGUAGCAAUAGUGACAAUAGCCUAGAUGACAGUAGCUCGAGUGACAGUAGCAUAGAUGACAGUGGCCAUGUGAACAGUAGUCUAGAUAACAGUAGCAUUGAUGACAGCAGCAUUAGUGACAGUAGUGGCAGCCGUCAUCAUGACAGUAGUCAGAGUGACAGCAGCCAUCAUCAUGACAGUAGCCAGAGUGACAGCAGCCGUCAUCAUGACAGUAGCCAGAGCGACAGCAGCCGUAUCGAUAGUAGCCUAGAUGACAGGAGCAUUGAUGACAGCAGUCAUCAAGACAGUAGCCAUCAUGACAGUAGCCAUAGUGACAGUAGCCAGAGUGACAGUAGCCAGAGUGACAGUAGCCUAGAUGAUGGAAGCAUUAAUGACACUAGUCAUCAAAACGGUAGUCUAGAUGACACUAUCAUUGAUGACAGCAGCCUUGGUGGCAGUAGCCUAGUUGGCAGAGUUUGUAAUGGCAGUAGUAUUGAUAAGACAAGUCUCACUGAUAGUAGCCUAGUUGACACUAGCAUUUAUGAAAGAAGCCUUGGUAACAUUAGCCUCUGUGACAAUAAUGUGUCUGCAACUACAAAAGCAAUUGUUCUGUCAGUCACACCUAUAAGGAAAUUGUAUAUGCCUAGACUUACCAAAAGCGUCACAUUGAAAGUGAAUGUCGUAGGAAAAACUUCACGGGUCACGUGGUAUAAAAACAAUGAACCUUUAACAAUGAUAAACAGAUAUUCUGGUGGCAAUACGGCAACUCCUGAUUUAACUUUAACCAAUGUAGAGCUGAGCGAUGGUGGGGAAUAUGUGUGCGAAAUAGAAAAUGGAAAUGAAACAACUCGUACCAGUAUAAUCAGAGUGUCUCCAAGAUCACUGCCAAUUGUAGCUGUAAAGGUACUGUAUAUCAAAAAAGAGACACAAUCUGUCACAUUGCGAGUGACUGUUGUAGGUACACUUUCUAUGGUCAACUGGUACAAAGACAAUCAACUUAUAACAUUAUCAGAUAGAUAUUCUGGUGGAACUGUGUCUUCCCCUUCACUGACUAUAACAAACCUGAAACAAAGUGAUGGUGGUCUAUAUGUGUGCGAAAUAACAAUUGGAACAAAAAUAUUUCGAACCACCAUAAUCAAGUUGAUUCCAGCAUCACCUUUCAACUGUGAUUUUGACACUGACUUCUGUGGUUGGAAUCAGGAUAACAAUACUGACAAUUUUGAUUGGAAAAGGUAUCGUGGCCCUACCACAUCACCUUCCACAGGUCCAGCCGUUGACCAUACUACUAGGACUAAAAGAGGAUAUUACACAUUAAUGGAAGCAUCAGACAAACAACCAGAUGAUAAGGCCCGUUUGAUAAGUCCUAUCAUUGCUGGUAAUGUCCAUCAGUGUGUCACUUUCUUCUACCACAUGCAUGGUAAUGAUAUCAAUGCUUUGAAUGUUUAUCUAUCUACUGUGGACACCAGUAACGUCUCUUCACCUAUUUGGUUCCGAAAAGGAAAACAAGGAAACCGAUGGAAAAUGGGACAGUUCGAGAUUCCUGGAGACGAAACCACAAAGUCUGUUACAAAUGUAGUCGUUGAGGGUGUUAGGGGACCUGAUUAUUCGGGAGAUAUUGCCAUUGACGAUAUUUUCCUGACAUCUGGAAGUUGUAAACAAGUUUUUAGAAAACAAUCGAGCGUUCAACCCCCAGUAUUAAAUACUCAAGCACCAAAAGAGGAAUUAAAGAUAUUUCCAACUGAUUUAUCACUAUCGACACAACUGAGCGAUCAACCUCCAGCAUUAGUUACUAGAGCACCAACAACUAUACUGCUCACAACUGAAUCGCGUAGUAGAACCACUACAUCAAAAUCCCUAGUAACAACAACAGAAUUUCCGAAACCAGAUGUAUCUAUUGCACCACAAACCAGUUCACCUCGACCUAAUACUACACCAUCGAUACCUACAUCUCAUAUCACAAGAAACGGUGAAAUAUCCAAAAUGUCGGAGAGCAAAUUGUAUACAACUACGAAACAACCAGCUGGCAGUACAGUGUAUUUAACUACAGAACAACCAUAUAACGGCAAACUUCUCAAUAUACUUUUGAAUAGCACAGAUGUUGAAAAAAGACGAAAAAGAUCUGCCCAGAAUAACGAUUUCAGCUGUUACUCCUGUGAUGAUUUGCCGUAUGGCGAAACAUGUACCAAUAUUAACCGCUGUCAUUCAGGACAUGGUCACUGUAUGACGCAAUAUAAUUUCCAUAAGAACGAAUUGAUGUCAACAACAACCAGAUGUAGUCACAUGCAUAUUUGCAUGAACAGAGAAGAAAAUAAUGCAGAUGAAUGUUAUUGGGACAACAAAGGUAAAUUUGAAGGAUCCUGUACCUACUGCUGUUCAGAAAACCAAUGUAAUACAGUAGUAUCAUCACUUCAGGACAACAAGUGUGACAAUAAGGAUAGCAAGGGAAAAUGUGAUAAGAUCAAUUCUACAAGAUCCACAACAAUAAAUAACUCAAAAUCACCAAUCGCAGCAUCAAGGAAUAAAAGAGAUUUACCAUCAAUACAACCACCGAUGUAUAAAUCAAAAUCAAGAGGAAUGAAGUCUAAUGAAAGGUUUGGUGAUAAAUCAGAAAAUCAACUCUCAACAAAUAAUGUAAAAAAAACUAUGAAAAGUGGUGAAAUAGAACCAAUUAAAAGUAGGGUAAAAAAAGCAACUAACAGAAGAAAAAAGAAAAAAAAUAAAGGCGAUGGUUCUAAAAAAGAAGGUGGCAAAUUGAAACGAAAACAAAAUGGCGAUGAUACUAAAAAAACAGAUGGCAAAUCGAAAGGAAAACAAAAUGGCGAUGAUUCUAAAAAUACAGGUGACAUAUCGAACGGAAUACAAAGAGGCAAUGAUUCUAUAAAAGGAAAUGGCAAAUCGAAUGUAAAACUAAAAGGUCACAAGUCACAGAAUCCAAAAUCUGGAAGCAAGUCACAGAAUCACAUAUCGGGUAGCAAGUCACAGAAUCCAAGGUUGCCGAAUCUGAGGUAUGGCCACAAGUCAGAGAAUACAAGUUUGGACAGAGAAUCUGAGAAUCCAAUAUCGGGCAGCAAUUCACAGACCGAGUCGCAGUCGGACAGCAUAUCAUCUGAACAAAAGUCAGGUAGACGGUCAUCAGGAUCAAGCUCGGGCAGAAAGUUUACCAGAAAACAUAAAAGUCAAAAUCCUAGAAAAAGUGGGGGGAGUUCGUCCGGGCAAGGAGAUUCGUCAAGUACAGAAUAUCAUAGGAAUCGUCAUUCAUGCCACUUUCAUAAAGGGCGUCCAUGUUGUAAAAAGCAUAAAAGACCAGGAGUUGAUGUUGAUGUACAUGUCCAUGUAGAUACUGGAUUAAAAAGCUUGGGUGCAUGCCCAGGUUGCAACAACAAAGAUGAGAAACUUGGUAAACAGGUGAAAACCACAGUUACCAAAUCACUGUAAAAAGGGUGUCUUACCUAAAUAUGAUGACAGAAUUCGUACAUUGGUGGUCAACUGUGGUAAAUAUUUCAGACAAGAAAAUGACUAGAAUACAAAUGCUUUUUGUCUAUUGUAAAUCAGAACAGUAGCAAUGGACAGUCCUUGUCAUCAAUAAAUGCAGUGUAUUUAUUUUUUUUAAAUUAAAUGGUGAAAGAAUA